GAGAGGUCGAUUAGCUGUUGGCGAUAGAAGAAAGAUAAGCGAAAACCGCCCCACUCUGAGAAAUGAGAAUACCUAUAAACACAAACCCUCCUUCUUAACUAGCAUCAAUUUGCCUCUCAUUUCAAUCUAGCAUGGACGACGACACCAACCGCAACCGCAACCGCAACCUAUCCCCUAAAUCCACCGCCACCGACCAGAUCGACGGCGAUCCUGCAGUUUGGGCGGCCUUCUCCCAGAAUUUCCGGCAGGUCCAGUCGGUGCUCGACCGCAACCGCCUGCUCAUCCAGCAAGUCAACGACAACCACCAGUCCAAACUCCACGAUAAUCUCAUCCAGAACGUCUCUCUCAUUCAGGAAAUCAACGGUAAUAUUUCCCAGGUCGUCUCCAUGUAUUCCGAUCUCUCCUCCAAUUUCUCCACCGCCUGCCACCACCACCGCUCUGCCGCCAACACAAACUCCUCCGACAAGCGCUGAUUCUCUACUCAAUAACUAUAUUUUACUUCCCAUUUUUUGUUUGUGUUUCGCUUCGAAUCUGGUGUGCACUACUUCUUUCCAAUAAAAUUCCUAAUUGCUCUUCACUAUUUGUAAUUAUGUACACCUUUUGUCUACAAAAUUUUCAUAUGAAUUUAAAUACAAUCGCUCCACUAUA